AUGGAGUCCAGAGGGAAGUCGGCCAGCAGCCCCAAGCCUGACACCAAGGUGGCCCAGGCCACCGCCGAGGCCAAGGCCCCCCCGGCUGCUGAUGGGAAAGCCUCCUCGACCAAGCCUGCAAAAAAGGAGCCCCCAGCAGAGAAACAGGAGCAGACGGCAGCCCCCAACCCGGCACCUGCCAAGAAGACCCCCGCCAAGGCAGACCCUGCCCUUCUCAACAACCACAGCAACCUGAAGCCGACCCCCACGGCUCCCACGGCGGCCCCCAGCAGUCCGGAUGCCACUGCAGAGCCCAAGGGCCCUGGCGACGGGGCCGAGCAGGACGAGGCUGCCAACGGGGGCCCUGGGGGGGCUGGGGGCCGAGGCCCCUGGCCCUGUGAGAACUUGAACCUCCUACUGGUGGCUGGGGGGGUGGCUGUGGCAUCCUUGGCCCUGAUUCUUGGUGUGGCCUUCCUGACCCGGAAAAAAUAA